UGGCGGAACAACAGCUGAGCAGGCAGUGGAUGCGAGGCUAUCUGCGUGUGUGGGUGCUCGACACUGUAGGUCUGUCCGCUAACUCUACAGUUUCUGGUUAACUGUAAAUUCGUUCUCUUGGUGCGAAUAUGAGAUAGAAAAACGCAAAGUUUAGCACGCAUAAUUGUCUUCGAAGUUGCCAAAUUUUUUAAGGAUGGAGUUGAGAGUUGGAAACAAAUACCGUCUUGGACGGAAAAUUGGAAGUGGAUCUUUUGGUGAUAUUUACUUGGAUGAUGGCAGGCGGCGUAGGCAUCCCUGCCAUCAAGUGGUGUGGCAGCGAGGGCGACUACAACGUCAUGGUGAUGGAGUUGCUGGGGCCUUCGCUGGAGGACCUCUUCAACUUCUGCACCAGGAAGUUCUCCCUCAAAACUGUUCUGCUGCUCGCAGAUCAGCUGAUCACACGGAUAGAAUACAUCCACAGCAAGAACUUCAUCCACAGGGAUAUUAAGCCUGAUAACUUCCUCAUGGGUCUGGGCAAGAAGGGCAACCUCGUCUACAUCAUUGACUUUGGCCUGGCCAAGAAAUACCGAGACCCUCGUACCCACCAACACAUUCCCUACCGGGAGAAUAAGAACCUCACUGGCACUGCACGUUACGCCUCCGUUAAUACGCACCUUGGCAUAGAACAGAGCAGACGGGAUGACCUGGAGAGCCUGGGCUACAUUCUGAUGUACUUCAACCGCGGGUCGCUGCCCUGGCAGGGCCUCAAGGCCGCCACCAAGCGGCAGAAAUACGANUCUGUGCAAAGGCUUCCCUGGUGUGUGGGGAGGGGGGAUCUGUGCAAGGGCUUUCCCGGUGCGUGGGGAGGGUUGGGAUCUGUGCAAGGGCUUUCGUGGUGCUGUCCCGUGUACCGCCCUCUGCGCUUCGAAGAGAAGCCCGACUACAGUCACCUGCGGCAGCUGUUCCGACAACUGUUCCAUCGCCAGGGCUUCACUUACGACUAUGUCUUUGACUGGAAUUUGCUCAAAUUUGUGAGUGAUCAUCCCAGUAAACAGCAGCAACACCAGCACCAGCAGCAACCACAACCACAGCAACCACACCAACAACUCGCUAUGAUUAGAAGUUGAGACCGUUUUUAAUAGUUGAGCUUUGCUGCGGCCGCUAUCGUCUACUUCAUGUCCUAUGUAACUAUAACUUUUUCAACAAAAGCUGCACUCCACAUGCUAAAUUUACUAAACAGCUUAAACUUUACUGAUUUUCCCGUUCUGCUUAUGAAAAAAUCCAAGAACGGGUACUGUUUUCAAAUGAAUGUUGGCUUGAUGUCCGCAACUUGUGUUGGUUUAGGCUUUUAAGCUGAGGUCGUCGAAUCAAACAUGUUGGAAAUGGGUGGUUUGGUCGAACCUCAUACCAUGCUAAGGUUAGGUUCCUAUUGAAUCAAACAUGUUUGAAACAAACGGUUGGGUCGAGCGUCAUGCCAUGCUGAGGUUAGGUUUAGUUCAGGUAAAACAUGUUUGAAACAAAUGGUUUGGUCGAGCGUCUUACCAUGCUGAGGUUAGGUUUAUUUCAGGUCAAACCUGAACUCGUUUUUAAGUGUCACCCACAGGCUUCGGCUGCACGUAUCGCAUCGCAGAACUGAUUUAGUUAAUGAGGAUUAAAUGCCCGAGAGCCACAUUUCCAAAACUCGCUUAAGUAUUGACGGGUUUAGCUUAAAAAGCCGCCAGAGAUGGACUGACUGAGGUAUGAACUCGUAAAUAAUUUAAAUGGAACGGCCUGGGGAACUAUUAAGCUCUGAAUAAUUUAUAUCAUCUUACGGUGAUAUGACCACUGUGGAAUUUCGCUUGUAUUCUUGUAAAUUUCUGAUUCAUCACAGGAUUAUGAUCCUAAUCUGCAGCCUGGGAUCAUUAUUUAGAGUUUCUGAUAGUUUAGUGUUGGAGGAUCUUUGAACACGAAGGUUAACGCAUCUGCUGUGAUGAUGUCUUCAUCACUUUGUAUUAACUGCGAAGUAGAAAUUUAGCAAAUAUUAAUUGAAAUUGAACUCUUGUGUCAAGAUUUAACUCCACUGACACUCAAGAUUCAGGAAUUUUUUUGUAAUGACGAGAGUUAUCAAACGAAACAAGUUAACCUCAGUAAAGUAGUUAAUUAGAUAACAACGAAAAUCAAAUGAAGAAUUCAAGCUUAACGUCAUAACUUCAGAUGUAUGGUGCAUGCCUCAUCACUUCAGAUGUCUGGAUUGUAUGGUG